CCUAACUCAUUUAACAAGACAUGGAUAAUGGAGAUGGUAAAGUUUGCCUUGGCCUCGGCCUCGGCCUCGGCCUCGGAUUAGGCUUCCCUCCAAAAAGAGAAGUCCCGCAAAACAAGAACAACAACAACAACAAACGUCUUCUUGUUUUCGAUCUCUCCAUCCCAAUUCAUCCAAAUAAUAGUCAUGAUCACAGAGAUGAUGAUCGCGACGUUGAUUUCUCCAUGUGUUAUGGCCGGAAGAAAUUGAGGCUCACUGGGGAUCAGACCACCUUGCUUGAGGAUAGUUUCAGACAACACACCACCCUCAACACGGCCCAAAAACUGUCCCUUGCAGAGAAACUAAAUCUCAAGCCAAGACAAGUUGAAGUUUGGUUUCAAAAUAGAAGAGCAAGGAGUAAAUUGAAGCAAACUGAGGUAGAGUGUGAGGUGUUGAAGAAAAAUUGCGAGAGAUUAAGCGAUGAGAAUCGGAGAUUGAAGAAGGAGGUGUUGGAGCUACGGUCAUCUCUGAAGAUAGGAAAGCCGGCAGCGGCGGCGGCGACACCAUCACUAUAAAAAUGGGACAGGUAGGGGCGGCGGAGGAGGUGGUCCUAAGCCAAAUGAUCAGCGAAAACGGCUCCAUAGCUAGGGUUUAACUUUAAUUAUACAAAAAGAGAUACUCACACUGUAUAUUUUAUGUAAUGAUUAAUUAUUAACCGAAAUUUAAUAAAUAUUUUGCA